AAUAGGUACACACAUACCCACAUUGAUGAAUUGAUUUUGCAAUUGCACAAACCAUACCAUGUGAUCUUGCAAUUAGAAAUGCAAGACUAACGUGAAUACUCUAAAGUUGGAUACUCGAUUCAAACCCAAGAAGUUAGAGAAUAGUUAAAUUACAAGCUAGUAGAAUCUGAUUUGCAUGAAUACCCAAUAAAUUACACUGCUAAGUAAGUGAUCAGCACUUAAUCCAAAUUAGUAAUCAAAAUUAAAACACAAAAUUAUCUUUUAAAUGACUGAUAUAUAUAGGCCUACAGAAGUAGCGAUUACACCGAUAAACUAAGGUCAACAAUCAUUAUAUCGUUAACCCAUUAUAAGUUAGUGGUGCGGUUAUCGAUAGGUUAAGAUGGCUUUGGUGUAAUCAAUAAUCGAAUAGGUUAACCGACAACAAACCGAACAUACAGCUUAUGGGUGUCCUUGGUGGUUUAUCUUUUUUCAAAUGGUCAUUUCUUUUCACAUACUAUUUUUUGUACUAUAAAUGUGUGAAUGCUUGUAUUUAUCGAAAUAGUGGAGGGUCCAUAAGAAGUGGACUAACUUCAAAAUACAAUCAUAUAAGUCAUAAAAUGAAAAGAAGUAGAGGUAUCUUCUGAUGAUCUGAUGUUUCUUCUGCUAUGAAGCACAUACAACAAUGAUUGGGAAGACACCAGCCUCGUUGCCGCAAUCUAUCCAAAGUGAGAAUUUUACCAUGGAAUACCAAUCAUACUAGUAUAUCACAAAGUAUUAUGAAUAAAUAAAUAAAAUUAGUGUAGUUAUUGUGGGUUAAUUGUCGUGGGUAGUGAUUAACCACUAACCACAAAAAUCAAUAUUUUUCUAACCCUGUCCAAUUCACUAUCCACAAAGUGUGUGAUUUGGUGCGAUUUGUUGGUUACCCGCAAUUCACAAACCAAACUUCCAACCGUACUCUUAUCCUUACUUUUUUCAAUUUGUUCUCCUAAUUCCAAUAAAAACUAAAGUCAAACUCAAAUCAAUGGUAAAAAUAUGAAAAUACCACAUUCCCCAAAAUAUCCUUACAGACCGUUUGGUAUCAAAUGAAUCAAGAAUUCAUUUCAUUGUAAAAUGAAUUAUAGUGUAGAAUUCAUUAUCAAAUGAAAUAUUGUGUUUGGUAUGUCAUAUUCAAAUUCUUAGAAAAAAAUGAAUUCAUGUGUUUGGUAUGUUAUAUAUAUAAGUAAUUUAGUUAAUAAAGAGGAUAAUUAUGACAUUCUAUUAUAAUUAGUAAAUAGUUGUGGAAUUCAUUUGGAAAUUCCAUCUCAAUUUUUCAAAAUUGCUAUAACUAGUACCAAUUCCAUAGAAUUCAUAAUUUAGAAUUGGAAAUGAACUCUUUUAAAUACCAAACACAAAAAUAUUUCAUUUCAAAAUGAAUUCCUCAAAACUUAUGGAAUUCAUUUAUAACAAACAAGUAUGUUACUCUUUUUUCUUAUUAUGGAAUUCAUAAAUAAAUACUCCCAAUCAUCCAAAGACUUCAAAAAACUCCUCCUCCAAUCCGACGGACGGAUCCUAUAUGAGGUGCUUGAUGAAGGACAAAAUACUCCCUCAUCAACAGUACUGUAACCUAGGCAUGGGAGUACAGGAACAGUAUACAUACUGAAAAGUUCUUUCUUGCAAAAAUAAUUGCAGAAUAUAUAGCACAAUAAUUGGAUAUGUCAAUACGGUCUUAUCUCUGUCUGUCUUGUUGCUCAAUCCUCCAGUGAAAUGUGGGGCUAAAAAGGCUAGCCUGAAAGGGAUGAAUUCCUUCACCUAGUCCACACAACUUGAUAUCUUCUCAUUUUUAACAAAGAAGCUCUUCAUGAUCAGUUGACACUUUUGGUUUAGCUGGCAACUUGUCUUUGCUGAAAUUGUCAUUUAUUUCUCUCCAUGUGCUGUUGUUACUGGACCACCAAAAAACCAGACCAAAGCAUCUUUUCCCAAUUGAUCAUUUCCCAAUCAACUCUUCCCACUCCCAAUCCCACCACCUCCCACUAGCUUCAGUCACUCGCCUCAGCUUGUUUAGUUCUUUUUGCAAUAAUCAAGUUACAGAUCAAGUAAUAAUCCCAUGUGUGUGAUCAAAUGUAAAGAGAUCGAUACUUGAUCACAUAUAAUAAUUCCUCUUGUUGGCAUUGUGAAAAAUAUCGGUAGAAUGAUUAGGGCGGUUAAUGAUCUGAGAGCCGAGUCGAAUUUUGUCAUGGUUCGGACUCGACUCAUUAAAAUAACCUGAGCUCGAGUUUGACACGAGCUUUAAAAGGCAAGCUCGAGCUCAUCUCAUUUACAAAAAAAUAGGAGCUCGAGUCGACUUGCCAAAUUAGGUUAAAGAGUAAAAUUGAGUUCAGUUGAUAAAAUGUCGAUUGUAGUUCAAGAUCUACCUAGAAUUUGACUCAAAAUCACGCACAUUCUAAAAGUUUCUCAUACUUUUUCGCCAGCCUAUCUGAGCAUGUCAUGGCUCGAGCUCGACUCGUUAGGUGACGAGUUUGUUCGUAAGUCAACUCAGUUAAAAAUGAGUAGAGUGUCGAAUGAUUUAUCUCGCGUCGAACAGCUGAGUUGUCACAGCCGAGUCAUUCAUGAGCAGCUUGAUUCAUUAACAACCCUAAGUGUGAUUAUGUGACAAAUGAUUCAUAACAUCUUGAUUGUUGUUAUGAUGUUACGAUAUAGCGAGAUGUUCAUUGUUCUAUGUUAUAGAAUUCAAUCUUUCAGAGUGAUAUAUUGUUUUUCAUAUGUUAGAGGGCAAUUUAACCAUUUUUCCAAUUAAAAGGCUAAUAUUUCUCUAAUGUAAUAAUGAUUUUAUAUGAACUGAAGAUUUAUUAGGAAAUUUGAUAUGCCGUGAAACAUGAGACUAAAUAUGUAUAAAAAAACACUUAUCGUAUUUGACGAUAUUUAAUACAUUUGGAUGUCCACCCGAAAAGAAAGCUACUAAUCCAUCAACAGUCCAAGAAACACCCUGUCAUUUUUUCCUCAUCACAAUGGGAUUCAGGCAUGUCAUAAUCCCGCUGGGACCAGGAUUAGCUUUGCUCACACAAUUAUUUUUUAUGUCAUUAAGCGUUAAUCAAGCAAAAAAGCUGGUUCUUGUUUGUCUUUGUGGAAUUUUAAGGAUGGUGUGGGCUCACACAAGAAUGGCCAACUAGCUAAGCUUCUCACAGCAAGCAAAAAAUUAUAUGGUCCUCCUGUCUCCAUUUGACCAUUUCCAACCCUACCCUUACCCAAACAGUUCUAUAUAAACCCUACAUCCACACCCAAUUAGAAAUAUACCACUCUAGCUACAAACUGUUACCUACAUUUUUUCCAUAGCCCAAACAACACUAGUAGCUAGCUAGUCACAACAUUCUUUAGUACAAAAAAAAAAUGUUGCACAUCCUCUUCCUCUUCGCACUCGUCCUCGCCCCAGCUUCCCACGCAGCAGACUUCUGCGUGGCGAAGCUGAAAGGCGCGGGGGGCGUGUCAGGGUACGCGUGUAGGGACCCCGCGAUGGUCACUGCCGCGGACUUUGUGUUCAAGGGCAUCGUCUCGAGCGGCAACACCACAAACAUCAUCAAUGCGGCGGUGACCCCGGUCUUCGUGCAGCAGUUCCCAGCCCUGAACGGGCUGGGCCUGUCCACGGCGAGGCUCGACCUGGCCCCCGGAGGGGUCAUCCCGCUCCACACUCACCCCGCGGCCAACGAGAUCCUCGUCGUGACCUCCGGGGUCAUCAAGGCCGGGUUCAUCACUUCCUCGUCCAACAAGGUGUACAUCGCGACCGUGAAGAAGGGAGAGGUGAUGGUUUUCCCACAAGGGUUGUUGCACUUCCAGAUCAAUGGCGGUGGUGUGCCUGCUAGUGCUGUGGUGACCUUCAAUAGCCCUGAACCUGGGCUGCAGAUUCUUGACUUCGCAUUGUUUGCCAAUGACUUCCCGACCGAGUUGGUUACGGGGACUACGUUCCUUGAUUCUGCAGUAGUCAAGAAGCUUAAGGGUGUCCUUGGUGGUACUAAUUAAUUGGAUAGGGAGGUUUACUUUCUGUCCUCAUCAUGUCUUUUAUUUGUGUAAUUUUUUUUUGGUGGAAUUAUUUCUGUAAUUUUUUUAGUAAUUCAUGUGGUUACUCUGUAAUUCUGAGUUUAAUUUGUGGUUUCUGUUUUUCAAAAGGGGUAAUUUCUUUUUAGUAUGAGAUAUCAAUGUGAUAGCUAUGUAAUUCUAAAUAGUGAAGAAUUUUUAUUUUAUCCGUGCUUUUGUAUUUGAGCAAUAUUUACGUCAUUCGUUAUCACUUAAGUUUUAUUUAUGACCAAGAUAAAUCCUGUUAUAUUAUAAAGUGAAUUUGACUCGUGAAUAAAAAGUGUAUACUAGUAGACAAAGAAAAGUAUAUUUUUUCUAAGUUGAUGGUCCUGAUAAGAUAUUUUUUAUAAUCCUGAUAGGAUAUUUUUAAAAUUUAAAAAAUACAUUUCUCACAUCAAAUAACAUGUCGUUUGUGGGUCAUGUUCAAACCCAAAAUUAACCAUGUCCACCACAAAGUAAUCUCUAUCUUACAUUUAACUUUGAUGAGUCAUUUAUAAAUUAUUCUUAGUUGGGUGGCGGUUUAUGGGGUUGCUGUUAUCAUAUCAAUAGUCAUGAACAAAAUUGUGUUGAAUAAGCGAAUACUACAUUUUGUGCAUCUUCAAUUGAAGUCGAAGCAAAGAUGUUAUUAGAGCAUUUAAACUUCCUCAAGAAUAGAGUUUUUCUUGUCGAGUGUGAUCGGAGUGCCGAGUCCUCCUGUCCUUGUCAAGGCAUAGGCAGGAUGAGUCCCUCUCAGUGUGGCCUUUGAGAUGCUAUGGUGGCUUGGGAUUAUAUGGUCGACAUAACUCUUCUUUCAAAGUGAAUUUUUUUUAAGAACAUAAUUAAUAUGAUAUUUCCUGUACAUUUUUUUAAUUACAAUCCAGAGAAAAUCUAUAUAGUCUGUUAAAUUAAGUUGAGGAAAAAGACAGUUUCUAUCAAGGUGAAAUUGAGUGGCCUGAUUGCUUGCAAGUAAUGUCUUUAUCAGAUUAUUGAAUUACCAUUCUUCACUUGCUUUCUGAUUUCAUUGUUUUAACUCUUUUGGUAAUCGGUUUUAUGGGAAUGAAAUAUAAGCACUACCUUUUGUAAAAAGAAAAAAAAUUUGCAUCACCUGGAGUUACUAUUUUUUCUAUCACUUUUGGUCUUAACUGAUACUCCACUUUAUUGUCUUCUUCUAACUUUAUUUUAUAAUAAAGGAGUUACGAUUUAUCUUGGUAUUUAUCAAUAAAUGAUGGCUUAUCAAUCACAUCAUAUUGGAAGAGACACUACGCAAUUUUGAUGAGCGAGGAAUGGAAAAUAGGGACAUGGAAAAAGAGUUGUUUGGUAUUUCCAAAUUUUACUAAUUCUUUGGAUGGAUUAAGUGUGAAUGUGGUAAUUGUAAAGUCACAUAAUUUAUUAAUUGUUUAUAUGGUAUUUUAAUACGAUUUAUGUGGUAAUUGGGCUAAAGAAUGUCGAUUGGUCAAACCAUUUCCAUGUGGUAUGUGAUAUUUAGAUAGGUAUUUCAAAUAACAAACUGAUUAAAUGAGAGUUUUCAAAUAAUAUUAGGUAAGAGUUAUUUCAAAUAAGUUAUUUGUAAAUAGUUCAAUGUCCAAAUAACUCAACUUAGUAAAGUGUUGUCAAACGGAUUAUCUAGAUCUCAUUAUCUCACUGUGAGUUACUAUAACCCAAAUAUGUCACUUAAAUAAUCCAUCCAAAUGACCCCUAUGUGAUUCACCAAAUUAUGAAUUUGUUAAUUAAUACAUGAGUUUUUC